AAGAGAAAGCAGAACCAGAGAGACGAACAUGAUGGAGCGACAAACUGCACUGCUGUUGGUCUGUCUGUUGAGGACAAGCUUUGCUCUGCCAGUACAGAUUGGAAUUCUUGCAAGCAACAGCAAUGAGAUCCUGCGACUGAAUGGACUAACUCUUGCAGCUCUUGGACAAACACAGGGGUCUUCACUCUUUCCCCAGUUUGUGCUGCAGCAGCAGCAGCAGCCAGAGGUGCUGUUCACUCCACAAGUGCUGAACUUUAACCCUCAGGUCGCUGGACCUUUUGGCCCCCAGGGCCCUCAGCUGUUGCUGCCCAACCAGGGCAACCAGCUGACACCUAUGCUCUUCCCCAACGGGCAGCAGGAGCUGCUCGGCCCUGCGCAGGAUCCCAACGCUCCUAACGGCCCUCAGCAGGCCCAGAACCCUGUGCAGAUGUUUCCACACUUUCAGUACCCUGCGUAUGGAUUUCCUCAGUUUCCCAGACAGCAGGGCUUCCAGUACUUUGUGCCUUCUUACGGGUAUCCCCAGCAGAGGAAUGCAGUGGUGCUGCAGCCCAACAACGGACAGCAGAACCUGGACAGAACUACACAAAGACCACAGCUCCCUCUGCAGCAGGCCUCCCAGCCAAAGGUGCCAACAGAAAGAACACGGCCACUGGGGACACAGAGGGAGUCCACCACAAUUCCCCCUGAUCCCCGUGGCGACGCACCUGGCCCUGGGAUCGAUGAGGGUCACUCCAACUUCCCCUUCCUGUUUGAGCCUUAGAUGUCACUUGGGAAAUUGCAAUAAUGUGAUUUGGGGAAAAUUGAUUUCUUUGUGUCUGGCUGUUUUCACCACAAGCUCAUUCCUUGGCAAAAGAAGCCGGAGUGCGCUGUUCUUCUAAAUGCAACUUAUUUGUAUUUUUUUUUUAUAAUAAACUGAAACUGUAUUGCUUGUUUCAGGAAUUUGCUCCUCUGUUUAACAACAUGCCAAAUAAAAAAACUUCGCCAAAUGAUAA